GGAAGCGUCCGUCUCGAGGCCUGCGCGAGAGUCGAGACAGCGAAAGAAGGGAGUGUUUCCCGUCAGACGCUCAACUUUCAGGGGUCCGACGAAUUUUCACUGGAACUUUAUUAACUCUGUUUUAGAUCGACCGAUUCAGUCACCUGCGUCAGGUUUAUUUUUGUUUCAGGAUUCAAUUUAAUUUACCAACUCGGGUUGUUGUUUCCGGUCAGACGGUAGCAGGCUAGCGUCGUUAGCCCAUCUAGCUCGCUAGCCGGAGCGCGUAUACUUCAUAAUGCCCACGCUGCGGGACAGCACCAUGUCCCACCCCGGAGAAAACCCGCACCAGGUCCGGGUAAAAGCAUACUACAGAGGGGACAUCAUGAUCACACACUUUGAGCCCUCCAUCUCCUAUGAGGGGCUGUGCAGUGACGUGCGGGACAUGUGCUCUAUGGACAACGAUCAGCUCUUUACCAUGAAGUGGAUCGAUGAAGAAGGAGAUCCAUGCACAGUUUCUUCUCAGCUGGAGCUGGAGGAGGCUUUGCGCCUCUAUGAACUCAACAAAGACUCUGAGCUCAUUAUUCACGUGUUUCCCUGUGUUCCUGAGAAGCCUGGAAUGCCAUGUCCUGGAGAAGACAAAUCAAUUUACCGACGUGGAGCUCGACGCUGGAGGAAACUCUACUAUGCCAAUGGGCACGGGUUUCAGGCCAAACGCUUUAACAGGCGCGCUCAUUGUGCCAUCUGCACGGAUCGUAUCUGGGGCCUGGGCAGACAGGGAUAUAAAUGUAUAAAUUGUAAACUGCUGGUCCAUAAGAAGUGUCAUAAACUGGUCACAGUGGAGUGUGGUCGACAGGUUAUGCAGGGCCCAGUAAUCGGUGGAAUGUAUCACGGGUCCACUCCUUCAGAGCAUGUUGACCAAGAUCUGGACAAAAAGAACUCAACAGAAAGUAUCAAUCAUGAAGGAGAAGAGUCAUGCUUCCCCGAAGGCAGUCGGGAAUCAGGAAAGGCUGUGUCCAGUUUGGGGCUGGCAGACUUUGACCUGUUAAGGGUGAUCGGCAGGGGCAGCUACGCCAAAGUUCUGCUGGUGCGUUUAAAGAAGACGGAGCGCAUUUACGCCAUGAAGGUGGUGAAGAAGGAGCUGGUGAACGACGAUGAGGAUAUUGACUGGGUUCAAACAGAAAAGCAUGUUUUUGAGCAGGCCUCCAACCAUCCAUUCCUUGUGGGACUUCAUUCUUGCUUCCAGACUGAGAGCAGACUCUUCUUUGUAAUCGAGUAUGUGAAUGGAGGAGAUCUGAUGUUUCAUAUGCAGCGACAGCGAAAACUUCCAGAAGAGCAUGCCAGGUUUUAUUCGGCAGAGAUCAGUCUGGCUUUGAACUACCUCCACGAGCGUGGCAUCAUCUACAGGGAUCUGAAACUAGACAAUGUGCUGCUGGAGUCCGAGGGACACAUCAAACUCACCGAUUACGGCAUGUGCAAGGAGGGUUUGAGGCCAGGAGACACGACCAGCACUUUCUGUGGAACCCCCAAUUACAUCGCCCCUGAAAUCCUGAGGGGAGAGGACUACGGUUUCAGUGUGGAUUGGUGGGCACUGGGCGUCUUGAUGUUUGAGAUGAUGGCUGGGCGGUCACCGUUCGAUAUAGUGGGCAGCUCUGAUAACCCUGACCAAAACACAGAAGAUUACCUUUUUCAAGUAAUCUUGGAAAAGCAGAUCAGAAUUCCCAGGUCGCUGUCGGUUAAAGCCGCUAGCGUUCUGAAGGGAUUCCUCAACAAGGAGCCAAAGGAAAGACUUGGAUGUCACCCUCAGACGGGUUUCGCAGACAUCAUGGCCCAUCCUUUUUUCCGAAACGUCGACUGGGAUCUUAUGGAGCAGAAGCAAGUGGUUCCACCCUUCAAGCCCAACAUUUCCGGCGAGUUUGGGCUGGAUAACUUUGAUGCCCAAUUCACCAACGAGCCCAUUCAGCUGACGCCCGACGAUGAUGACAUCGUGAAGAAGAUCGACCAGUCUGAGUUUGAAGGGUUCGAGUACAUCAAUCCUCUGCUGAUGUCUGCGGAGGAGUGCGUGUAAACGCGUCGCCAGUUUCUGUUACGUGCUUCCCAUGUCGGCCUUUUCUCGCAUGAAAGAAAAAGGAAACAUGAAAUUUGCCAAAACUCUCACUUUCUGCCAUUUGUAACCACUAGUCCUUAAGUCUUGUUUAUUUUUGUAUCGUGUCAGUCUGCACUGAUGAAAUUUAUCGGCGCUCUGGCACAAUGACCAACAUAGUUGGAGAGUCAGUUUAAGGUUACUGGAAAAGACUGGGCGUGAUGGUACGCGGGACGCAUCCUGUGGCAUGUCCCGAUGAUUUUUUUGAUAUAUACGUUUUAUUUGUACAUACUAAAGAAAAGCAUUGAGCAUAUAUAGUAAACCAUUUUUUAAGAUCAGAUUACUUGGGAUUGAAAACAUGUUGAUCUGUUCAGCUUCUUCUCAGCCAAAUGUAGAGUAAGGAACAAAUCAACAUAUUUCUUUAUUUUAACUUUUUUUAUUUAAGAAUAUUGUCAUUUAUAUAGAAUGUGUGCGAUGAAUCAUUUUUCCAAAAACGAAUCUCAAAAUGUAGAAUUGCUUAAAGCUGAUUGUGGGUGUGGCCUCUGUUUAGAUAGAUGGAUAGAAAAAGCACUGGGCAUCAAACUUGAGAGAAUAGAUCCAAGGAACACUAAUGGACACUGUUGUGAAUAUUGAUAAACUGUGAAUGGAGGCAUUCUGUGUACAGCGAGAAGGAUAUAAAUGUUACAGAAUAUACACAACAGCUUGCUACAAUACAGGACCAAAACAAGACACUAAAACGGUUCCUGUCAAUAUAUUUUUACUCUCAAACUGCUGCAUGUAUAAAGUGUUUUCUUACUGUUUAUCUUGUGUUUUUUGUGAAACAUUGCCUUUCAGUUUAUUUUUUGUACAAAUUGAUCAUCAAUGCACAUGUUUGUUUCUCAGUACAGUCACUGAGAACCUUUUUGCUUUUUUAGGCCCUUGAGGAAUUUUGCAUCAGAUCAGAUACUGAGGGGGGGCCCCUAUGGGCCAGAUGGGGUGACGCCCGGUACUUCGGGUGGUGCCCAUUUUUUAGCAGAUCCUAUCUGGGCACAUUUCGUAUGUUACAAAGGACCGAUGACACUAAUGACCAAAUGAUAACACACUUAAUGACAAAUUAACAUUCUCAUACUCAACAAUGAAUGUCGUCUUUCAUUCAUUGCCGUGCGGAUAUCAGCACGCUUAUAUUUUCACAGAUGUUGUUCGAGCUGUGAGGAGCUCAUUGGCAGCCCGGUGUUAGAAACUAUUGAACCGCCCUUGAUCCAAGCUAAUGUUUUAAAAAGGCAUCGGGGUUAAGAUGGACCUGGACAUUUUUCAUUUUGUUUUUUUAUGCUAAGUGUAUUAAAAUGCACAUUGAAAACACUAUCAACUGACUGGAACUGUCAACUGUACCUCCAUUUCUUUUGUUAACACUCUAAUUAAAGUAUUUAAAGAAA